UUGCCACCCUUGUUCCCCGCGAGCUACGGGGCGGCGCGAGCCCUUUAAGAACAGCAGGACCGGCGAGCAGUAGCUGGGAGGAGAGCGCAGUCGCCCGGCGGGCUCAGGAGGACACGGCGCUGAGGACCAGGCUCAGGGAACCGGCUGUGCGCAGCCAAGCCGGGGCGCGCCCCAAUCGCCCCUCCCCAACCUUGUCGUCUCCUCCGAACUGAGGCCGGGGGCCCUCCCCUGCUGCCCGCUCCGCCCCGGUCCCGCCCCAGCCCUGGCUGCCGGGACCGGGAGCCGGGACGCGGGAGCUGCAGCCGGAGGCAGGUAAGGAGGGCCCGGAGUCUCCAUCCCCGGCUCGUGGCAGCGCUAAGCAUCUUGGCCCCGCACCGGCCCGGGGGCGCGUCAAGGCCGGCCGCGUGAUGGCGGAGAAGGCGCUGGAGGCCGUGGGCUGUGGGCUAGGACCCGGGGCUGUGGCCAUGGCUGUGGCGCUGGAGGACGGGGCGGAGCCCCCGGUGCUGACCACGCACCUGAAGAAGGUGGAGAACCACAUAACCGAAGCCCAGCGCUUCUCCCACCUCCCCAAGCGCUCAGCUGUGGACAUCGAGUUCGUGGAGCUGUCCUAUUCCGUGCGGGAGGGGCCCUGCUGGCGCAAACGGGGGUAUAAGACCCUCCUCAAGUGCCUGUCGGGUAAAUUCUGCCGCCGGGAGCUGAUUGGCAUCAUGGGCCCCUCAGGGGCUGGCAAGUCCACAUUCAUGAACAUCUUGGCAGGAUACAGGGAGUCUGGAAUGAAGGGGCAGAUCCUGGUCAAUGGGAGGCCACGGGAACUGAGGACCUUCCGCAAGAUGUCCUGUUAUAUUAUGCAGGAUGACAUGCUGCUGCCACACCUCACGGUGCUGGAAGCCAUGAUGGUCUCUGCUAACCUGAAGCUGAGUGAGAAGCAAGAGGUGAAGAAGGAGCUGGUGACAGAGAUCCUGACGGCACUGGGCCUGAUGUCCUGCUCCCACACGAGGACAGCCCUGCUCUCCGGGGGGCAGAGGAAGCGCCUGGCUAUCGCCCUGGAGCUGGUCAACAACCCGCCUGUCAUGUUCUUUGAUGAGCCCACCAGUGGUCUGGACAGUGCCUCCUGUUUCCAAGUGGUGUCUCUCAUGAAGUCCCUGGCCCAGGGGGGCCGUACCAUCAUCUGCACCAUCCACCAGCCCAGUGCCAAGCUCUUUGAGAUGUUUGACAAGCUCUACAUCCUGAGCCAGGGUCAAUGCAUCUUCAAGGGUGUGGUCACCAACCUGAUCCCCUAUCUGAAGGGGCUCGGCUUGCACUGCCCUACCUACCACAACCCAGCUGACUUCAUCAUUGAGGUGGCCUCUGGAGAGUAUGGAGACCUGAACCCCAUGCUGUUCAGGGCUGUGCAGAAUGGGCUGUGUGCCAUGGCUGAGAAGAAGAGCAGCCCCGAGAAGAACGAGGUCCCUGCCCCCUGCCCUCCUUGCCCUCCGGAAGUGGAUCCCAUAGAAAGCCACACCUUUGCCACCAGCACCCUCACACAGUUCUGCAUCCUCUUCAAGAGGACCUUCUUGUCCAUCCUCAGGGACACGGUCCUGACCCACCUACGGUUCAUGUCCCAUGUGCUGAUCGGCGUGCUCAUUGGUCUUCUCUACCUACACAUCGGUGACGAUGCCAGCAAGGUCUUCAACAACACUGGCUGCCUCUUCUUCUCCAUGUUGUUCCUCAUGUUUGCUGCCCUUAUGCCAACUGUGCUCACCUUCCCCUUAGAGAUGGCAGUCUUCAUGAGGGAGCAUCUCAAUUACUGGUACAGUCUCAAAGCAUAUUACCUGGCCAAGACCAUGGCUGAUGUGCCCUUUCAGGUGGUGUGCCCGGUGGUGUACUGCAGCAUCGUGUACUGGAUGACAGGCCAGCCAGCUGAGAGCAGCCGCUUCCUGCUCUUCUCAGCCCUGGCUACCGCCACAGCCUUGGUGGCACAGUCUUUGGGGCUGCUGAUCGGAGCUGCUUCCAACUCCCUACAGGUGGCCACUUUUGUGGGCCCAGUUACCGCCAUCCCUGUCCUCCUGUUCUCUGGUUUCUUUGUCAGCUUCAAGACCAUCCCCACUUACCUGCAAUGGAGCUCUUACCUCUCCUACGUCAGGUAUGGUUUUGAGGGUGUGAUUCUGACCAUCUAUGGCAUGGAGCGAGGAGACCUGACCUGCUUGGAGGAACACUGCCCAUUCCGGGAGCCACAGAGUAUCCUGCGAGCACUGGAUGUGGAGGAUGCCAAGCUCUACAUGGACUUCCUGGUCUUGGGCAUCUUCUUCCUGGCCCUGCGGCUACUGGCAUACCUCGUGCUCCGUUACCGGGUUAAGUCGGAGAGAUAGAGCCUUGCCCUGGCCUGCGCCCCAGCCCCUGCAGCAGGAAGCCCCCAGCCCCAGCCCUCUGGGACUGUUUUAACCUUGUAGACUCGGGCACUGGUUGCUGGCGCAGCUGCCCUCCCCUCUCUCGGCUCCUUCACAGGCUGGCUGUGAACUGCGGACUGUGCUCCCAGCCUUGGCCCCGGGAGCAGGGGUUCCAGCCCUCCCUGCCAUGCCCAGGAGUCUUCCCAAGUCGAUGCAGUUUGUAGCUUCCUCCCCACUCUCUCCAACAUCUGCAUGCAAAGACCACUAGGAGGCUGCCAUCCUCCUUCCAGCCGUCCGCACCCUCCUCUGUUGUCUGCCUGGGAGCCCCAGGCUCUCCAGGCCCCUACUUACAACCGACCAAAGUGGCCCCUCUGGGGGUCCCCACCACACAAGUGUUUGUAAACUGGGGUGUUCUAAGGUUGGGGUUCCAGGGCUGGGCCCUGGUGGGAUCCCAUGGAAGUCCCAUUUGGAUGCUGGAAUGGAGCAGGGAAGGACUCUGGAAGUCUCUUCCUCCUCCUCACCUUCUCCCCACCCCCAGACCCUCGUUGACUCGGACAAUGUGCUGGGACAGAAGCUGGGUUUUCUGUCUGGGUCAUCCCUCCCAAUCCUGGGGAUUGGAGAGGCCUGGGGCCACGGGAUGCCACAUCUCCUGUCCCAUCACCCUUGGUGGGGGCAGGGCCUGGUGGCACCUCUGCAAUAAUGUCUGUGUUUCUCUCUCACCUGCCACUGGAACUGGAGAAAGCACUUUAUUCUGGGGCAUGAGUGGGAGAAGACCCAAGCCUCCUUUCUCUGCUCCUGUGGCAUGGUCCUGCAACGCUCCCUCCCCUCUCCAGAGUUACAGGCACAUACAUGGGAAGAGGCAAUCUCAGCCCUACACACACUCACCGUCCCCUAUGGCUCAGAGGAAGAGUGAUGGUGGCAUGCUGGUGGUGGGUGCUGCAGGGAGGGCAGUGCCAACCUCCUUCUGGGGAUCCCGUUUUGACUCUAAGGAUGAGGCUGGUGCAGCCCAGGGUGUCUCCAGGAUCUGCAGGUGUCUACCCCCCAGUCUUCCCUCCCUCCCAAGCCAGGGGUGGCACAGAGCACUAGCUCCAUGGAGUUCAGGACCCAACACAAGCACAAGCACGGGCAUAAGUUGGCCUUGGCCACUGCCACCCCAUGGACCUUCUUUUGUGCAUCCAGCUGGCAUUCUUACUCCCCACUCCAUCCCCAGCUGCUUGCUGCUCAGUCAAACUCCUGUCCGUGUCUCGCCACCCCCUUCCCAUCAACCAGGGUGGCCCUUGGGCAUCAGAGCAGCAUGCCCUGGGCACCAGGGUGACAGACACACCUAGAGCAUGUCUGGCUUUCCUGGUGGGUCCAAGCUCAUACUAUUUCUGAGUUCCCUACCCCCCCAGGCUCUUUCUCCCUUGUUCCUGGGCACAUACCUCCCUACCAUCCCGCACCCUGCCUUGGAUUCCCCCCAUGAUGCAGAGAUGCCAGUUGUAUUUGUGGGAUUUCACCCAUUAUUAAUAAAACCUAUAUUUAUACAGUA